UUAUGGGCUUUGUUGCAAUCUCAUCGAAAGCGUCAAAAUUUUAUACGCUCGGUGGAGUUCAAGCUACGAGUUUCUCGUCGGAGGCUUCGAUUGGUAUUCAUCCUUUGAAGAAUUCUCUUGUAGAUCGUUCGAGGAGGAAUUGCCGUUUUAAGCAGUCAAAAAUCAAAUUUGAAGAUAUCUUUCGUGUUUCGAAUAACGAUUGGACUCUUGGAGGUUGCUUCUGUUUCGAAGAGAUUCCUGUUUAUUCAUAGGGUCAUUGUUGAAUAACAGAAGUCGCCCAACGGGGGAAAAGGAGAUAAUUACUUGUACUCAUUAUCUUUUCAUUUUAAUUUUUUGAAGUUCAAUAUCAAGUCCUUAUUGGGGGGCUUUUUACGGCCUUUCAAUUUUCUGCAAUUGUUCUUUUCAAUUUCUCUUACGUUUAGAGCAGAGGGGAAAAAAAGGAAAAGGAAACAUGGCUGUUUACUAUAAGUUUAAAAGUGCAAAAGAUUACGACUCUAUUUCUAUUGACGGUCAUUUCAUAUCAGUUGCGAAUUUGAAAGAAAAAAUAUUUGAAUCCAAGCACUUGGGCAGGGGUACGGACUUUGACCUCAUGGUCACCAACGCCCAGACUAAUCAAGAGUACCUUGAUGAAGCCACGCUGAUACCAAAAAAUACUUCUGUUUUAAUUCGUCGGGUUCCUGGACAGCCUCGCAUGAACAUUGUUGCUGAACAAGACGAGUCUAGAGUAUUAGAGAACAAGGUAGAGGAUGCUCAACCUGUGAAGAGCAGCUACCCUGUGCCAGAUGCUUCUGUCACAAGAUUUCCUGAGGAGUCAGAAUGGGAUGAAUUUGGUAGUGAUUUGUAUGCCAUUCCAGAAAUGUUGCCAGUUCAGUCCAGAAAUGCGGUCCAGGAUGCUCCUCCCCAAGAUAAAGCUGAUGAGGAUAGCAAGAUUAAGGCUUUAGUUGGUACUCCUGCCUUGGACUGGCAGCAGCAAACUCAAGAUGGCUUUGGCUCUGGUAGAGGCUUCGGAAGGGGUAUGGGAGGAAGAAUGAUGGGUGGCCGGGGUUUUGGCCGGGGUGGAUUUGAGCGAAAGACACCUCCAAUGGGUUACAUCUGCCACAGAUGCAAGGUGCCUGGGCAUUUUAUUCAGCAUUGCCCUACGAAUGGUGACCCUAAUUAUGACGUCAAAAGGGUGAAACCUCCAACUGGCAUACCAAAAUCAAUGUUGAUGGCUAACCCAGAUGGCUCAUAUGCCUUACCAAGUGGUGCUGUUGCUGUUUUGAAGCCAAAUGAAGCUGCUUUUGAGAAGGAAAUUGAAGGGAUACCUUCCACUCGAUCACUGACUGAACUCCCUCCAGAACUUCGAUGCCCAUUAUGCAUGGAAGUAAUGAAAGAUGCUGUUCUAACAAGCAAGUGCUGUUUCAAGAGUUUUUGUGACAAAUGUAUCAGGGACCAUAUUAUAUCGAAGUCGAUGUGUGUUUGUGGGGCAACAAAUGUACUUGCAGAUGAUCUUCUACCUAACAAGACACUAAGGGAUACCAUCAAUCGAAUUUUGGAGUCAAAUAACAGCAGUGCGGAAAAUGCGGGGAGCAUGUCACAAAUACAAGAUAUGGAAUCUGCUCGACCUAAAGUAUCGUCGCCUACUCUUUCUGCCACUUCAAAGGGAGACCAUGUACUACCACCACCUAAGAAUGUUACUCCAUAUUUGAAGGACUCGAUGACUGAAAAGAAAGCCACCGUGAGUGCCCCACAGCCAUAUGUGGUGAAAGGUAGGACUACAAAAACCAUGGAUGUUUCUGAAGCUGCACGUGAGUCUGUAAGCAUGAAGGAAGCAACAUCCCAAUGCAGUGCACCACUUCCUGAGGAAGAAGUACAGCAAAAGUUGCAAGCUGCUGAUCCAGGGAAAAAGAAGAAGAAGAAGAAAGCCUUUUUGCCGUUAAAUGCUGCAGAUAUGCAGUGGAGAACCUCUCAGGAUUUUGCAGCUGAAAAUUAUAUGAUGCCUCUUGGUCCUUCGGCUUAUAACCCAUACUGGGCUGGCAUGCAAAUUGGGAUGGAUGGAUACGCUCCUUACUCUGGUGCUAUGCCCUAUAUGGGUUAUGCUCCCAGCCCCUUUGAUGUACCCUUCGGUGGAAUUGUACCUCAAGACCCUUUUGUUGGAGGCCAAGGAUUUAUGUUACCUGUUGUACCACCCCAAAGGGAUCUCUCAGAAUUAGCGAUGGGCACAAACCCAGUACCGCCAAUCAUGAGUAGGGAGGAAUUUGAGGCUCGGAAGGCUGACCUGAGGAGAAAGCGUGAAAUGGAGCGACAUGGUGAAAGCAGGGAAUGUUCUAGGGAACGAGGAGGUGGUAGGGAAGUUAGCAGCAGUGGUGAUGUUCCUUCAAUGAAAUCUAAACCUAUGUCAAUGUCCCGUGUUGUAGGCGCGGCGGAUCGGCCCCACCACCGCUUCCUUCAUGAACGAGCCGAGAGACCGUCGAGUCCAGUACGGUUGGGGCCUAAUUCUGACUUAACUCGGUUCGAGAAGAAGAGAUCGGAGCACCACCAUCCCGAUGACGAUUACCAUGAUCACCGCCACCACCGUGUUAAUGCUCCAAAGGCAUCAGCUGCGGUGGCGCCCAACAAGGUUGGCGCGGAGGACCGCAAGCACAAGGGCAGCGUUUUCUCUCGUAUUAGCUUUCCCGAAGGAGGAAGUAAGAGAAAGCUGUCGUCUUCUGUAGGGACUAGUAAGGAAGUUGUCGCCAACGGGAAUAAUAAGGGCUACGAGCCCUCUGCAUCUCCUCAUAAUAGGCCAUCGUCAAAUGGGUAUCGUGACGGGUUGAAGCCACCGGUAAAGGGUGCAGCGGUGGUGUCGUCAUUGAGUGCUGGAACAGUAGUAGGACGGAAGAGCGUUGUGGACCACGACUCGAGCGAUGACGAGCGACAUUUCAAAAGGAGGCCAUCCCGGUAUCAGCCGUCACCACCGCCCAUGGAAUGGGAAGAUGAAGCCCGGCCAUCUCGAAGCUCAAGAGAACAGGAGCGAGAGCAAGAUGGAGAUCGCGGAAGAGACCAUCACCGCGAGUAUGAACGUGAACGGGGACGCAGCAGCAAGCACAGAUAAGAAUGGCCCAAGUACUGGUUGUCCACAUAUCUCUGUUUCUCUCUUCCAUGGAUGCCCAAACGGCUCGGAACUCUCGGAGUCGCACAAGGAACGUG